CUCCGCGGCGGGCGGCAGCGGCGGCGUCGGUGGAAGGCGGAGGGGGCGGAGGGAGCCCGCGGCGGCGGCUGCAACAACGAAAUGGCGGAGACGGUGGCGGACACCCGGCGCCUGAUCACCAAGCCGCAGAACCUGAAUGACGCCUACGGGCCGCCCAGCAACUUCCUCGAGAUCGAUGUGAGCAACCCGCAGACGGUGGGGGUCGGCCGGGGCCGCUUCACCACCUACGAAAUCAGGGUCAAGACAAAUCUUCCUAUUUUCAAGCUGAAGGAAUCUACUGUUAGAAGAAGAUACAGUGACUUUGAAUGGCUGCGAAGUGAAUUAGAAAGAGAGAGCAAGGUUGUAGUUCCCCCGCUCCCUGGAAAAGCAUUUUUGCGUCAACUUCCUUUUAGAGGAGAUGAUGGAAUAUUUGAUGACAGUUUUAUUGAGGAAAGAAAGCAAGGGCUGGAGCAGUUUAUAAACAAGGUCGCUGGUCAUCCUCUGGCACAGAAUGAACGUUGUCUUCACAUGUUUUUACAGGAUGAAAUAAUAGAUAAAAGCUAUACUCCAUCCAAAAUAAGACAUGCCUAAAAUUUGGCGAGGAGGCAAAAAAAAAAAAACAACUUUCCGUGACUAUUAUUCGUAUGCACCAGUGAAGAAGUUACUAACUUUUAGCAUGCUGCACAGGAACUGGUAUGACAUGCCUUCAGUAUACUAACACUCAUUAUGAUGCUCAAAGUUGUUUGUUUUGGCAGUUGACAAGAAGUUAAUUUGCUUUAGCGAAAAUCCCUCAUUCCAGCCUUUCUAUAAAUAGCUCUUCCCUGCUGUUUUAAUGUGGUGCACACCACUUUAUAGCCUCACAAACCAGUUACUCCAGUAUAAUCUGCAGUGUCCUAACUAAAGUUACUGCCUUGGUCUUACUUGCAGAGAUUUUGUGUCAUGUUUGCUUCUUGAAUCUGAUUAACUAGAAUAUUUCUGUUAUGCCCUUUUUAAUAUGUGAUGUCACUUGUCCUAAUUUAUGUGUAGGAGCACUACACCACUGGUCUCCAAUACCACACAUGUAAGACACACAGCUGUGUGCAGAAAGUAUCUCCGUCAGGCUCAUAAAACCCUUCACAUGGAAAAUUAAUGAGGGACAUCUUUAUAUUCUGUAUAAAAACAAAAUCAAAUUUAUAUACUAAAAAUCAUUUGUCUAAAAUUUUAAGUUGUUUUCAAAUAAAAAUAAAAAUGCAUUUCUGACAUGCA